GGAGGCCAAGCGUUUAUGGCCGGUGGAGUGCACACACAGGACGUGUCGCAUGUGCUGCGAGUUUUCAACAUCACUCAGCCACUGCUCACUACAUCCGAGAACGUUGUGCACAUCACUAACUGGUUCUUAGUGGACCACAACCAGGCAGGCAAAGUGCCGCCAGGGGUUGACCUUACAUCCGUCGUGGGUGUGGUUGAUCACCACACUCUCAUGGCUGAUGCGGUUGCUAUGGCGUUGCCAGGGUAUGUGGUGCUGCGUGCAUGGGGUAGCACAUGUGCGAUAGUCACAGCACUGUACAUAGAAUAUGGCGUCUCCAUACCCACGCACGUGGGCGGGUGUCUGCUGAGUGGCAUUGUGUCAGACACUCUGCUCUUCACCAGUCCCACCACCACGCCAAAUGACAUGGUAAUGGCUGGGGUGGCUGAGCAAGCGGCAGGUGUCAAUGCCACACUCUUGGCCACUGAUCUAUUCCGGGCUAAGUCCAAUUUAGAGACGUUCUCAG